CACAGUUUAUAAUUGCCAGAGUAUAGAAGAAAGUUACACUUAAAGAUAACAUGAAGGUGCUCCUUCUGCUCUGUUUGAGCAUAUCCCAAUUCUAUGUGGGCUACUCUUUACCUAGUUUGUCACUCUACAAUGAUGAAGCAACACCAAAUGAAUAUCUACAUGCAAAACCUUACACGAGAGAGGAAAUUUUGGAGGUGAAGAAACAGCUGAAUCUCUCCUGGACUCCAGAUCCUGAUGAAUAUCUAAGUGUGCCGGAACUCAUAACCAAAUAUGGUUAUCCAGUUGAGGAACAUUUUACCACUACAUCUGAUGGAUACAUCCUAAGGAUGCAUCGUAUUCCUCCUACCAAGCCAGGAGUUACACCCAACAAUCAAGUUGUGUUCCUUAUGCAUGGCCUUCUCAUGUCUUCAGCCGAUUGGAUCAUUUUGGGACCUAAGAAAGCCCUAGCUUAUUACCUUGCCGACAAAGGUUUCGAUGUAUGGAUGGGCAACGCCAGAGGUAAUACCCAAUCGAAAAACCACACACAUUGGAAGCCAUCUCAAUCAAAAUUCUGGAAAUUUUCUUGGCACGAAAUCGGCACCAGAGAUCUACCAGCUAUGAUAGACUACACCUUGAAAGUAACUAAGAAAAAAGCCCUAUUUCACAUUGGCCAUUCUCAGGGUACCACCACGUUUUACGUCAUGUGUUCAGAAUUACCAAAAUACAACAAAAAAAUCAUCGCCCACGUCAGUUUGGCACCGAUUGCUUACAUGAAGCACGCUUUCAGUCCAGUUAUAAGACUUGCUGCCAAAUUGAUGUUUUUGCCGAAGACUCUGUUGAACAUAUUUGGCGUGAAUGAAAUAAUGCCUCAUAGUUCUCUGAUGACAAUGCUAGGAAAUCAUUUUUGUGCUGUAGGACAGAUAACUGAGUUUAUGUGUAGAGACAUUCUUUUCAUUAUCACUGGUUUUGAUCGUGCUGAAUUCAAUGACACCAUGCUACCCACAUUGUUGGCACAUACACCAGCAGGUGCUUCAACUAGACAACUGUAUCAUUAUGGACAACUGUUUAACUCAGGAAAAUUCAGACAAUAUGAUCACUUCCCUUUCAACUCGCUACACUAUGGACUUCUGCAUCCAAUCAAUCCACCAUCUUACAACCUGAAGAAAGUGAAGGCACCAGUCUAUCUCUUCUACAGUAACAAUGAUUGGCUUUCCCACCCAAAGGAUGUUGACACGCUCUGCAAAAAAUUGGGCAAUUGCAAAACGCAAACAUUGGUUGCUGAGAAUAGAUUCAACCACUUGGAUUACGUUUUGGGAAUACACGCCAAAGAGAGAAUCUACACACAGGUUGCAGAAACAAUUUUGGAAAAAUCGUUGAGAGAAUGGAAUAUUAGGAAUUCUUUUGGUGAAGAUGAAUUUGAUGAUGAUGAUGAUGAUGAUGAGGAUGAAGAUUAUGAUGAUGAAGAUUAAGUUGUGAUAAUAUUUUAAGAUUUUAUUCCCUCAAUUAUUUUGCAUUCUGAAUGGAAUACUCAAAAUAGCAGGAUGAUUAUGAAUGAUAUGUACAUAUAAAAUUUUUUACGUCAUGUCUUAUUUUAUACAAAAUAAAGAUUAUGGAAUUUUUAUACUUAUCUAUAGA